CUUGGUACCAUUCCCGCAACACGUCGACUCUUUCUUUUUCUUCCUUUCUGACCCAUCAUACAUUAGUCUUUCACAAUCUUCGGGAUCGACAUCACGAGUGGAGUAAAAAAGGCCAAAGGAUUGCGUACUACCCGUACCACCCGUGACAUACCUUUUAACCCCUUGUGGCCUGUAGGGGAUUGUUGGAACUCUGCCGGUAACUUGUCUACCGAUUCCUUUGUUCUCACCAUUCUCUUUCUGGUUACAACGAUAUAUCAGACGACUAUAUACAUACCGCGGGCGGCAAUAAUCUGGUUCACCAAUUGUCUGUUCUUUCCCCCCAAGCGAUCACCCUUUUCCCUCGUUCGUCAUCCGAUACAAGUGGGAAAACUACAUUAUCCCCCAAGCGCCCCAAGAAGUCAUUUGGACCGAUAAUCGGAUCAAUCUACGAUCAUCUCAUAUUCGAUUCACCAUAAUAUAUAUAGAUUUAUCAUCUGAUACAUCUUACACUCACCCACUCUUCACUUGUUUGUCACUUUUGUCACAUACAUCAAACAUAUACAUAUAUCCAACAACAACGUUCAUCUUUGUUCACAUCACCUAUCACUGACUCCGCCCCCGCGCACCCACGCCGAUCUCAAACUCUACUCGAAUCUUAGGAUCGUCUGCACGUUUACAACAAGACAUCUUUUUUAAGUUUACCUCGAGAAGUAACGCGACAACAACAUCCAGACACGAUGGGUUGGCACGAUAGUGUUCUUGCUGGUAAUUGGCUUACAGUCCGUUCUAUGGCUGAAAGAUCUGUGUCUCCUAUCACUUUGUUCAUCGUACAACUCUUCAUCAUCCUCGUCUUCACUCAAGGAUUAGGAUGGGCCUUUGGAUAUAUCAAACAACCUCGUGUCAUUGCAGAGGUCAUCGGUGGUAUAAUCCUCGGUCCCACUGUCUUUGGACGUAUUCCUCAUUUCUCAAAUGACAUCUUCCCUCCACCUUCCCUACCCUACCUCAACUUGAUCGCCACAAUCGGUUUAAUCCUCUUCCUUUUCCUCGUCGGACUCGAAGUCGAUAUCGGCGUUAUGAAACGUAAUGGUCGGGCUGCUGCUCUCAUAUCUGCAGCCGGUAUGAUCCUACCUUUUGGUGUGGGCGCAGGUGUAGCCGUGCCAGUUUAUCAUAAUUUCGUCAAUACCGAGAAAGUCUCCUUCGGUCAUUUCCUCUUGUUCAGCGGAGUAGCAAUGUCAAUAACCGCUUUUCCCGUCUUGUGUAGGAUUCUAGUCUCGACAAAACUUCUCGAUACCAAAGUCGGCGUCAUAGUUUUAGCCGCUGGUGUGGGUAACGACGUGGUAGGAUGGGUUUUAUUAGCUUUGACUUUAGCGUUGGUCAAUGCUAAAGCUGGCGUUACGGCCGUAUACGUAUUGUUGUGUGCAGUAGGCUGGGCCAUCGUCUUACUGUGGCCAAUCAAAAAAGGGUUUAGAUGGUUGGUACGUAGAAGUGGAAGUUUAGAACAUGGUCCAACUCCCGGAAUGAUGAUUCUUACCUUGUUGAUCGUGUUCGCUUCGGCUUUCAUAACGGAUAUCAUUGGCGUUCAUCCUAUCUUUGGAGGGUUCAUCGCAGGUCUCAUCAUUCCUCACGAAGGAGGUUUCGCCAUAGCUCUUGUGGAAAAGAUCGACGAUCUCGUUUCAAUGCUCUUCUUACCAAUCUAUUUCGUACUUUCCGGACUUUCGACAAAUCUCGGUCUACUGAACACUGGAAAAGAUUGGGGUUACAUCGUAUUACUCUGUACUGUCGCUUUCCUGGGCAAAUUCAUCGGUUGUGCCGGGAUGGCAUACAUACUGCGAUACCCGAUCAGAGAGUCAGGUGCUAUUGGGAUGCUUAUGUCUUGUAAAGGUCUUGUGGAGCUCAUUGUCCUCAAUGUCGGUUACCAAGCGGGAAUCAUUGACCAACGUCUUUUCUCAAUGUUCGUCGUCGAAGCCGUCGUCUUGACCUUCAUCACCACGCCAUUUACCCUUCUCAUUUACCCCGAGCGUGUCCGUUCCCGUGCCACUGCCGACCUCAACCCCGUCAGAGACCACGAGAAGGGCGAGAUGGCUCAACUCGCCGCAUCACUCGGUUCCCGUGAAAGAGACCCAGUAUCCCGAUUUCUCGUCGUCUUGCAGAAACUCGAACAUCUCGCUCCCCUUAUGCUCCUCACUCAAAUGCUCGAAUCGCCAUCACCCAAGACUAAACGCGCUCCGGGACAAAGCUCUCGUCCAUUAUCUAUCCCAAUCACAAUUGACGCUCUGAAGCUUAUUGAAUUAACCGGUCGUACUUUCUCUGUCAUGCAGUCCGCCGAGAAAGAUCAACUCCUUUUGACAGACGACGCCCUCCAACUAUACAGACAAUUUGGUCGUCUUCGUGGUCUUGAAGUGAACCCUCAUAUAGACAUAGUAGGCCAAGAUUCUUUUCCUUCUGCCGUAGCCGACUUUGCUCAAAAUCUUUCGACACAAAUGGUGAUCAUUCCAUGGACCGUACCCUCUGGUCCAUCUUCCGCUCUGUUAGAUCCUUCUCCCGCGGCGGCAGAAAGGGAAGGUAUCGUCCCUUCAUCUUCCUUUUCGCCAUUCGAUAGCGUUUUCGGUUCAGAAACACAAGGUUCACCCAUGUACACACAUUUCGUUCGAAGGGUAUUUUCCGAAUGUCAAGUUGAUAAAGCCCUUUUCGUCGAUAGAGGUUUCAGUGGGGGUGCGACUUUCGCUCCUGGAAGUGGCCAACAUAUCUUCAUGCCUUUCUUUGGUGGUCCGGAUGAUCGUCUGGCGUUGAAAUUUGUGGUACAGCUUUGUCAUCAUGCUAAUGUGACGGCAACGGUGGUCAAGGUAGAGAAAAGUGAGGAUUUGAGUGCUGUGAGUAGUUCUGUCAGUGGGAAAGUGGGAUUGGAGGAGAGUAUGGAGGUUCAUCGGGAGGCUUUGCAGAGAAAUCAAUUGACCGUUGGGCCUACAAGUACUACCUUCCCAGACUCUGCUAAUCGUCUCGCGUCCGAUACAGCCGACAAUAUCGCUUGGUCCUAUUACACCUCUCCAUCCACACUUUCCACUCGUCCCUCUUCCCUUGAAUCCAUCCUACGUCGUAUCUCAUUCUGCAACACCAAGUCCCCUUCUCCACUCUCCAUGACAUCCGAUUACGCCGAAUCUGUCCUUGCUUCCUCCCCCGGCCCGAUGUGGCGUCCCAUGCUCAUUGUUGCUGGUCGUGGACGAAGAGGAGCAGCCUUGAACCACUCGGACGAACUCAGUCGUGUACUCAUCGAACGUGGUCCCAGUCCCACCGUCGGGGCAGAGCUGAGGAAGACGGUUGGAGAUGUGGCGGCGGGUCUCAUGCUGGGGGGAGGAGCCGCGGGUAUGGCCAGUUUCCUCAGGUAGAAUCUACGAUAUCGGUCCUUUGAUGCGGACGGAUCAUGGUGGGAAGAUCUCCGAUUUGGUCGAAUUUUGUUGUACGAUUUGAAGGCGGAUUUGUACGACGCUUAGUUCUCACGAUGCACUGCUAUAUUGAUUCUCG